AUGGAGAGUGUGGAGCGUAGAGCACAGGGGGGCAUCAAUGAGAAGUCUAUGAUGGAAGCGAAGCAGAGACUAGCAAACUUAGCUCACGGGCAGGACACCAAGGGGAUCAAAUUCUCCGGAGAAGCGCUGCAUCAUCUCUACUACAGCACCAAGUUUGAGCGACGGGGACUCUUGUUGUACUCGAUUGUGGGAAAUAUUCUCAAUCCAAACUCGUCGGUCGUGCCUGAUCUUCGGUCGGCUCUACAGAAAUCCUUGACCAAAAGCAUGUCGUCAAAACCUCUUCUGCGAGUCGCUUCCAUCGGCGGUGGACCAGGCAAGUUCGUGUUCUCGACUUGGAGAUGCUUGCAAGCAGCGCGCAGUCUCUUGUGA